AUGUAUAUUCUAGCGCAAAGCUUUCAGAUUGAUCUGUCAAAGGUUCAUGGGACUGGAAGAAAUGGUCAGAUACUAAAGGAGGAUAUCCUGAAACUGGUCGAAGAAGCUGAAAAGAAACAGGCGGGCAUGGUAGGCAGAGACGGCCUAUCAUUAGCAAAUGAAACGCAACAAACCGCUUCCGUGUUGGAUGUAGCAGAUAAAACGGUACCUCUGCGAGGAUACGACAGAACGAUGUUGAAAACAAUGACAGCUGCAAAUCACAUUCCUCAUUUUACCCUCAUCGACGAGAUCGCCGCUGACGUUCUGUUGGAGGUGAAGAACAGUCUGAACGAGACUGCCAAGAACAGAAACAUGCGUCUGACCCUAAUGCCUAUUUUAAUAAAGGCAGUGUCCGUUGCACUGAAAGAAUAUCCAAAGCUAAACUGCGUUUUGGACGAAAGCCAGCAGACGAUCACACUCAAGGCGUUACACAAUAUCGGAGUGGCGAUGGACACCGCCGACGGCUUAGUGGUGCCGAACAUUAAGGACUGUGGCCACAAGUCCAUUUGGGAAAUAGCCGACCAGCUAGCCUUACUCGUCAAGAAGAGUAGAGGGCCUGGUUUCGUCCGCGAAGAUCUUAAGAACGGCACAUUCACCAUCUCCAACAUAGGAUCCGCACUGCCUCGCUUUAACCGCCAGGGAGACAUCGAGAAAAAACAGGUGCUUACCGUUGCUUACUCGGCGGAUCAUCGGAUAAUCGAUGGCGCUACCCUGACACGGUUCGCCAGUACGUUCAAGAAUUAUUUAGAAAAUAUCUCUUUGCUAUUAGCUCAACUGAAAUAA